CAAAGAAGGUUUGCUUUCAACCUAAAAAAAAUUUUUUUUUCCUUUUCCUUUUUCAUCAAACAAGUCUGAAAAUUUUUAGUAAAAUUUUUCGUUAACAUUUUUGAGAAAAUUUUUCCAGUGAUUUUAUCAAAAAAAAAAAAAAAAAAAUGACUUCACUUUUGUCACCAUCAAGAACCAAUAUGAUUCGACGUCAAUAUAAUUCAGCCCUGAAAAUAAAGGGAAUUCUAUUUCCCGUCUCCCAAAGGACAUUGUCUACUGCAAAUAUAAGAUUCGUGGAACAAAAGAACAAAUAUGGUGGAAUUUUGUCAAAAAUAAAGAAAAUUUUCAAUCAGCCUGAAAUACGAUUUCGAGAAGUUGAAUUAUUGCCAAUCUGUUGUUCCAAAUACAAAAAACGUUCGAAAAUACAAAAUCAUCAUCGACCCCUUCGAAAAAUAUUGGCCAACUAUAGUAUGGAAAAUAAUCUCCUGAGAAAUAAUAAUAAUAAUAACAACAACAACAACAGUAACAACAACAAUAAUUCCUACUUGAAGUAUAUAAGAAUCGACAAACUACUGAGCGAGUACAUGUUAGCACAGUCGAUGAGAAAAAAGAAGAUGGGUCUCGUGUCUUUGGGACCAGUACGUGGAAUUAUGGGUUUGGCGUCUUAUACUUCGAAACCGCCAAUCACCGAACCCAACAUGCCACCGCAGCAACGGGAGAAGAAAGAAAAGAAAGAUGAGAAAAAAAGAAAGAAACCAGUCAUCAAAGUUGAUGGUAAAACUACUCAAGAAUUAGAAAAUAAUCUCUUGCCUUUGGAACAAGAAAAUUAUCGAUAUCAAUGGGGAGUUAAAUUAAUAGAAACACCACCACCACCACCUGUUGAAAAUUUAAAAGAACAAAUUGUUAAGACACCAAAAUAUAUUUUACAAAAUUCUUGGGGUGUUAGAGUAAAAAAAAUUGAAGAGACUGAAGAAAAGAGGUGCAACAAUUCUAAUGAAUCAUUGAAAAUUAAAGAAUUCGUUGAGACUGAAGAAAGCAAUAAACCUGAAAUUUGUCAAAUAGUCAGUACAGAGAUUAAUAAUUCAAAGAAAAUGGAUGCUAAAGACAAAGAUGAUUUUAAAAAUUGUAAAGAACAAAUUGAAGCGAAUAUAUCGUUACCAGCACCGGAGGACACAACAGCUGAUAGUGAUUACAAUGUUCCAAAAGGACUUCCACAAAAUGCUGAAAUUAUCGCCUGGCAGGAUCUUGCAGAACGUUCAAAAUCACCAAUUGAUGAUGCACUUGAAACCAAGGAGUGCUUCAAUCCAUUGGAACCAAUGUUAAAUCCAGAAGCACCAAAAUUGGAUGUUGUAAAAUUGGCAACUGAUAAGGAAAUAGAAAUCCGAGGGAUUUGCAAUUUUAAAAAAUCACCUGAUUACACAUCGUCAAGUAAAGGAAUUCACACCGAUAGUCAUCUAUCGGCUACAACUGACAUUGAUUCUGAAAAUUCACUAAAACCCCCCUAUUUGCUUCUUGAGAAAAACGAAACUGUUAAGGAAAAACUCGUCGAACCAUUUAUGAUAAUUAAUAAACCAAAAAAUGAUUAUCAAAAAGAAAUUGUUUCAGCAAGAACAAGACCUCGAUUACCGACAAAAAUGCUCACCCUAACGAGAAUUAAUACAGAUGACAUGAGUUAUUACAAUGAUUUAGAAGCUAAAAAAGUCGAUGAAACAUACGGACGAAUGAUUGAAAUAGAAUUAUCAUCACCCAGUAAAAUAGGAGACAGCAUUUUAGAUGCUCCAUUACCAACUGAAAUUACAAUAUCAAUGAAACCGUCUUUAAAAAAGAAAGUGUCAUUCAUCAAAUAUGCGAGAAAUUCUUCAUCAUCGGGAUUUAAUACCAAUGGUGGUUUCUUUGGUGGUUCAUCAAGUGGUUCUUCGGGUUCAAGUACUGGUCGAAAAAAAUCCAAUUAUUUUGCAACAAGUGCUGAUGUCACUAGAGGAAAGGACAAGAAACCAAUUGUAAAAUCCACAGAAGAUGAUGAAUCAGAUGAGGAUAUUGCUAAUUAUUCUCCCGAAGGUGAUUACAUACGAGUUACUGGUGAUCCUUAUCCCUAUAGUCGUGAGCAUUUUUACAAAUGGCGAGUAGCACCAAAAUCAAAUUAUCCAAUAAAUUCAUUAGCCAGCAGUGGUCGAAAACAAAUGGACAUUAAGGAUUAUAAUUCUGAUUUUAAUUCCAAUUAUCGUGCAAGUAAAGGUUCUAAUUCUUCAGAUGGAUAUAAUACUGCUGAUUAUAGUACUAAUUUUAAAGCAGCUAAUACAAAUAAUUAUCAAGCAGAUAAUCAAAAUGCAACUAAUUAUAAUGUUGCUAAUUACAAUACUGCUAAUUAUGAUUAUCAAGAAUACGGAAAUACAGAAUCCACUGAUGAUUAUGAAGAUGAAAAAAUCCAAACAAGUUACAACAAUGCCGCUUACAAAAGCAGUAAUUAUAAUUCCGAAUCCACUGCAGAAUACAAAAAUUAUGAAACAGAGGAACUGGACGAAAAUGAGGAUUAUUAUACAAAAACUCCAAUCAAUGAAGAUAAAGAAUUUUCAGAAUACGAAGAAGAUGAUGGUCCAAUAGAUACAACAUCCAAUAGACAUUUAAUAAAUAAAAACAUCCAUCAUUCCAGUAGGGCAAAAAAUUUUACCAAUACAGAAAUUUUAAAACACUCUGAUGUCAAUAGAAGUUUAAGCAGGGAACAUGCUGAAUCUGAUGUGGCGAAGAAUAAUUAUGGACAGCAACAUAGUCAAAAUUUGUGCAGACAACUCAUCAAUACGAUUGACAUGGAUGAUGAUUGGAAGUAUGAGAGGUGGCAAUUCUACAAGGGUCAGGGUCUUUUUCACACUAGAUUAAACAAUUUGAAUGGACAAAUUGUAUUGUCGAGUAUCAAUCAACAAUUGAUGUUGGAAUCAUUUGGAUGGAAUUUUUGUGGAAAGAAUUUUGAAAAAAUCAAUGAACUACAGUGCUAAAAUUCAAUUAUAAAAUUAUAUCUUACUAUUUCAAAAUUCUUG